CUGUGGCGGCAAAGUGKGGGUGGUUAGGCGUGCGAAGCUGAAGGGCUCGAGCGCGCGCGGGCUGCCCAAGUCCCUAGGGAAGUACGGGAGCGUCCGACGCCAGCUCGCGCGCGCCACCCCGCGGCCGGCGGCGCGCGCGAGGGCGGAGGUGGUCCGUGCGUGUGAGCGCGUGUGUGAGCGCGCGCGCGUGUUUGUGUGUGUGUGUGUGUUUGGAGCACCGGUGCGGAGGGCCAGCCGUCAGUCCCCGGGUGCGAAUCCCUUGCUGUCUUCCACACCAUCCCGCUUUCCCUACGUCCCUCCCUCAGCCCCAAGGUCGCGCACGCAGCGACGGCCCCGGGAAACAGGUGUGGGGGGCGUGCGGGGUCGCUCGAGACAAAGGGGGCACGGGGGUGAGCCCGCCAUGGCCUCCCGGAGCUUGGGGGGCCUGAGCGGGAGCCGCGGCAGUAGCGGUGCCGGCAAGAAGAGCCUGAGCGCCCGCAAUGCUGCGGUGGAAAGGAGGAACCUGAUCACGGUGUGCAGGUUUUCUGUGAAGACCCUCAUUGAUCGAUCUUGCUUUGAGACAAUUGAUGAUUCCUCUCCUGAAUUUAACAAUUUUGCAGCUAUUUUGGAACAGAUUCUAAGUCACCGGCUAAAAGAGAUUUCUCAAAGUUGUAGAUGGCUGGUUUAUCUCCAAAUACCUCUUCAAGGUCAAGUAACCUGGUUUGGUUAUGAGAGUCCACGUAGCUUCUGGGACUAUAUCAGAGUGGCUUGCCGGAAAGUUUCUCAGAAUUGUAUCUGCAGCAUUGAAAAUAUGGAAAAUGUCAGUUCCUCUAGAGCUAAGGGUAGAGCCUGGAUCAGAGUAGCACUCAUGGAAAAACACUUAUCUGAAUACAUCUCUACGGCUCUGAGAGACUUCAAAACAACCAGGAGAUUUUAUGAAGAUGGAGCAAUUGUCUUGGGUGAAGAAGCAAAUAUGCUUGCUGGCAUGCUGCUUGGACUCAAUGCUAUUGAUUUCAGCUUCUGCCUGAAAGGACAAGGAUUAGAUGGCAACUUCCCUGCUGUAAUAGACUAUACACCAUAUUUGAAGUUUACACAAAGUUCUGACAGUAUCAGCAGUGAUGAGGAAGAACUCAGGACUCUGGGCAGCAGUGGCAGCUCAGGAAGCAGCACUCCAGAGAAAGUGGGGCCUCCUUUCAUCAUGGAUGAGAACAGCUGGUUCAACAAGUGUAAGAGAGUGAGACAUAAGUAUCAGCUAACCCUGGAACAGAAGGGGUAUCUUGAAGAACUCUUACGACUUCGAGAGAACGAACUGUCUAAAUCUGUCUCCCAGAAUAAACUACUACUUCAAAGGAUUGAGGAUUCUGAGCUGGCUCAUAAAUUAGAGAAGGAACAAUUAGAGUAUAUAAUUGUGGAGCUUCAAGAUCAGCUGACUGUGCUAAAGAAUAAUGAUUUAAGAUCAAGACAAGAGUUAACUGCCCACCUCACCAACCAGUGGCCUUCCCCAGGAGCUCUGGAUGUCAAUGCUGUUGCCUUGGAUACGUUGCUUUACCGAAAACACAAUAAACAGUGGUAUGAGAAAAGUUACCAUAGUCUUGACCAGUUGUCAGCAGAAGUUAGCCUUUCUCAGACUUCAUUGGAUCCAGGUCAGUCACAAGAAGGAGAAGGAAAACAAGACCCAUUGAAUUUCAUCAGUGAAGGUAAAGAAGAUACUCCCUCAUUACUUGGUCUCUGUGGGUCUCUUACAUCAGUGGCAAGUUACAAGUCUCUAACAAGUCUAAAAUCUAAUGACUACCUUGCAAGUCCUACAACGGAGAUGACAAGUCCAGGCCUAACUCCAUCCUGAAAAACUUAUGUGAAAGUUGAAAGUUUCUAUAUUGUAAAUGUUCAGUUUAUGUAAGUUCAAUUGCUGGGGAGACAUUUGAAAUUUUAUAUUGUUCUGGUACAUGUCUGGAAUUCUGCUUAGAGAGUUCAGUACUCCAUGUAAACUUAUAAGGGGAAAAAUAAUGGUCCUGACAUUUUUUCAUUUUAAAAAAACUUAUAUUUGUCAUUGAGAAAGUUUAAAAUUGAACAGGCUUUAAAAAACUUUUGAAGAUUCUCCAAAUUAAUGAUUCAUUCAAAUUGUACAUAAUUAAUAUUCAACUGAUUUUUAUAUAUUUCUUUACAUAUAUCUUAGUGAUCAGAGACUGAGAUCAAGGCUUUAUUCCAGAGACUUAAGCUAAAUAUUUUCUUUCACUCAGUGGUCAAAUUUUC